AUGGGGUCGAGUAGCAGCCGUGCUGCACCGAUCCACCACCAUCGCUCAUCAGCUGGUCAGCAAGAGGCCACCAUCAACAUCUUAUUGCAUGGGACAGAGGCCAUCAAUGCCUCCAUUCCCGAUCCUUCCCAUCCGCGCCGUUCCAGUACCAGUUCAGCUCAGCAGCUCAAAUUGACAUCCGAUCGACGUCUCAGCCGCUUUGAUCCUGAAGCUAGUACAGGCUCGGGCCGCCUCAACGCCGAAUCCACCCGUUACGCCAGCGAUACCACCGUGGUCGAUGCCACCCGCCUCCUGGCCAGCCAGCCAGCCAUCAAGGUUCAGUUGGUCAUGGGCCAACAGCUACAACUGCGGUCUGCCGAUACCAGUGAUUUAAUCCUCGCGCUCAAUUGGCUGCAGUGCCACGAGUUUGCCAUGUUACAAGGACCUCUCCUCCUGAUCUACCACAAUGAUAUCUCCGCCCACAGCGCCGCCAUCACUCUCUUGGAAACCGCCAGUCGCACUCACACCCGUGAACUCGUUGCUCUCCUACGUGCCAUCAAACACGACCGUGAAAUUCACCACGCUCGCCACGCCCUUGAUCAGGCACUCAACCCCUCCUCUUCCUCCAUCACCUCUGCCGAGCCCCACCAACAACAACACUUUCGCAUUACCCGUGGCUUCUCCAUCUCCUCAACCUCCUCAUUUGAUGCUUCGGGUCUUGCCACCCCGCAUCAAGCCAGCACGCUUGCCGUGCCCGCCGUGACCCGCAUCCGCCGCUCAAGCCCCCUGGCCUCCCCCGCCCAAAGCCCCCACAACUCCCCCGCCGUGCGUCGGCAGACUCAGUCCAAAGACCGCCCCAACAGCAUGCCCGUGCUGAACCUCGACGAGUGCCCUGAUAGCCCCACCCUUACCAAUCCCACGUCUCUGGACAACAAGCGACUCCAAGUCGCCCGUCGUUUCCAGGUCGAACUCCUGGACAUGCUACUAGCCACCCGGACCGCACCCGAGGAACGUGCCCGGCGCGCCGCAGCUCUCUUGCAUGACUUUGAUAAGACCAGCCACGACGUGCUCCUCCCCUCGGCCAAUCGGCAGGAACUCGUCGAUGCCGUUCUCACCAUGGAUCACACGGAAGAUGAGGGUGAUCAAGAAGAAUUGGACACGACCUCAAACAAACAGCCAGAGGGAACAGGCGCAGAAGAUCCUGCCCCGAUCCCGCCCCUCAACUUUGGGCCCAAUGUUGCCCAGGCGUGGGGCGCCUCGCCCUCGGCACCGUCUGCCCAAGCGACAACGAUGGACCUUGAUCGCCUCGACGACAGUCAUGACGCCGUUGUCACCCACCCCUCCAAGGCGUCUGUUUUGUCCGCUGACUCGGGGCCACCGGGCCUCAGUCGCCGCACAAGCAAGGUGGUGGCUCAGCUAUUUGGUUUGGCCCCGCAACAGCAGAGAACGCUUUUUUGGGCCGGCUUGCGCCAGGUAAGCGGUGGCGAGGGCGGCACCUUUGAGCCAAACACAGAUCUGCAGCAGCUUCACACCAUGCCCAGCGUGGACGAUGAUGAGGAAAAUGUUCGCGCAGCAACGCCCUACUCUGAUGAUGGUGAUGACGACCGGCGCGAGAGUGGACAGUUGCAACUUGAGGCCGCUCGCCCUGGGGUCGAGCUUCUGCCCUGGCGCCAAGAGCUGGCGGGUUUUGGCGCUGUUCUAGAAGCCGGCCGCGAGCACGCCCGUGCCCAUGCGACCGUCCACGGCAAUUGGCAAGGCACUGUUGUCAUUAGUCAGGUGCCAACCGUGUCGCGCAUCCUCCGUAGCUAUUCGGCCCUCAACACGGGCCAUUGGGCCCUGACCGACAUUGACACGGUUCGCUAUCAGGGCCGUGCUGCCGUGCUGCGAGCCACCUCCUAUAGCGUUGCGCUGAUGGCCCAAGGAACCGCACGGGAGAACAGCAAUGCUCCAGCAGGCAUGCAACUUCUACUUUCUCGACUCGACUUUUGGUGCCGGGUACCUGGAAACAAAAAGCUGCUGGCGCUGGCCGUGCGUGGACCAUCUAAUCACUACCUUGUAGCGUUUUUUCACGUGCCGCGCCGAGCCGCCCAACUUCUUGCUCGCCUUGCAUCACUGCGCCGGAAACACCAUAGUCACUUUUGCGACGUGGCACUGCCUCCACCCAUGACGGCCCGUACGGGCCCCGAAGGCACACCCGAGUACCAGGUGGAGGCACGCCUGCUGGGCACCCAGUUGCGCCACGGUGCCACCUCCCUGGCCACGGCGAGCGAAGCCAUUUUUGAGAUUUUGGAACCCCUGCCAUCACCGGUGCGCGUGUCAUGCUCUUUUACGGCGUUGGACGCCACCAUUGCGUGGGAGCAUCCGGAUGGAUCCUCCGAUCGGCGCAUGCAUUCGAGCGUGAGCUUUGAAACUCAGCACCUGCGCCUUGCCGCCGUCCUGGAGCGCGACCGUGCCAUGGCAGCCCGAGCCAAGGAGAUGCACCUGCAUCUUCCCGAGGACGGCUAUCUUGUUCUACUCGUGUAUGGCGAGGCGACAGAGCCUGUGUUGGUCAUCGUUUUGGAGGUCGCCGGCAUGGGUCUCGAGAUUGUGAAUCAACUCCAGCGCAUUGUCCAGCUGAUGGCCAGCACAUUGAACCAUCAGCAGGCCUACGGCAAGCGCAGAUGGACCGUCAUUCGCUCAAGUCCAUCACUGCCCUCGGGUCAUUUUGGCAAGGUUUACCUGACCGAGUGGAGUCCCACCGAUGGACGUGAGCCUCGGAAGGUGGCGACCAAAAUGCUCCGGUCUGACGCCACCGACGAAGAUCGCCGCAACUUUUUGCGAGAGGCCGAGCUGGCGUGCCAGCUGCGCCACCGAAACAUCGUCCAAUUUGUUGGAUGCUUGUUGGAGUCGGACCCGUGGUUGUUGGUCCUGACAUACGUGCCGUAUGGCGAUGUGCGUCGCAUCCUGAAGACGAUUCGCGGUGGCGGCGCGCGUUGCAGUACGCUUGAGCUCUUGAAAAUUGCUACGCAAUGCUUCCAAGCCAUGACCUAUGUGAGCGAACAACGCUGCCUGCACCUGGACCUGGCAACGCGCAAUCUGCUGGUCGGGCUCGAAAACCAUGUGGUUCUUACAGAUUUUGGGCUCGGGCGGCGCCUGGCGAAGGAUGAGGCAGCCUGGCAUUGCACCAACCCAGGUCGCAUGCCCAUCAAGUGGCUGGAUCCACAGGCCAUGUUUGACGGAGUUUUCAGUCCACAGACGGAUAUCUGUAGGGGCGGCCGGUAUUACACUAUGGGAGGUGCGUUUGUGAAGUUUGAACAGCAAAAAGCGUCAGAGGGAAGGGGGCUGUGGUCACAUGGCGCACUGCCCUAUGGACAACUCAAGGGCAAGGCGUAUGAGGCGCAGUUUCGGGCGGGCUUGCGACUGGAGAUGCCUAACAAGUGCCCGGCGUCGGUGUUUGGGCUGAUGACGGCUUGUUGGCACAGUGAUCCCUUGCAGCGGCCAACGUUUGGCAAGAUGACGACCCAGCUGCAGCGCAUUGCCGCUGCAGGCAUUGCCAAAUUGGCACAGGAUCGCCCUUCGGUGACAGUGCGCGACCUGGGGCUGCUUGCCCAGGCGUUGGAGCGCCAGCAAGAUGUCAGUGUGGUGCCACGAUACUCUGUCAACAAGGACCGUGACUUGCACGGCCCGCGGCGGGCCACGGCACGCCAGGCAGAUGAGAGCAAGAAUGUUUCAAAAACGGACGGCAAGUCCGUAACCGCUGCGGUGCUCUCAACGCCGUCGUCGUCGGCCUCUGCCUCAGUGAGCGAGACAGCCCAGCCACCAUCGCAACCAGCCCAAGAAGCUGCGGCACCGCUGGCACGCCCGCCCAUGACGCGCCUGGCAGCUAUUUCCGAAGCACCAGCCAUCGAGUCACAAGACGUCUCGACCGCCGCCAUCAUGCCCACACCAAUGGAUGAUUCCAACUGUUAA